AAAGGCUGAUAUCCAAUGAUGGAUGGGUUUGCAGGGGACAUGCUGAGCGGCGGCCGGGCUCUGCUUGGUGAGGACAGCUCGGUGAUGGCUCGCAUGCAGAAGAAGUUGAAGACCAAGCAGGUCCUCAUCAAAGCCACGGGCAAGAAGGAGGAUGAGUACGUAGUGGCUUCUGAUGCUGACCUGGAUGCCAAGCUGGAGUUCUUUCGCUCAGUUCAGUUCACGUGCACAGAGCUGUUGAAGGUGAUUGAGAAGUACCAGCACAGAAUCACACGCUUGUCUCAGGAGGAGAACGAGCUUGGCCUGUUCCUGCGUUUCCAGGCUGAACACGAUCGCACAAAGGCUGGCAACAUGAUGGACGCCACCAGCAAGGCUCUGUGCACCUCCGCCAAGCAGAGGAUGGCACUUUGCCCACCACUGCACCGUUUGCACCAGGAAGUGGAGACGUUCAGGCGUCGUGCCAUCGCUGACACGCUACUGACAGUCAGCCGUAUGGAGAAGGCCCGCACAGAGUACAGAGGAGCUCUGCUCUGGAUGAAAGACGUCUCCCAAGAACUGGACCCAGACACCUACAAACAGCUGGAAAAGUUCCGCAAGGUCCAAACCCAGGUCCGAGGGACAAAGGGCCAGUUUGAGAAGCUGAAGAAUGAUGUGUGUCAGAAGGUUGACAUGCUGGGAGCAAGCCGCUGCAACAUGCUCUCCCACUCCCUCUGUACCUACCAGACCACUCUGCUGCAGUUUUGGGAGAAGACGGCCCACGCCAUGUCAGAAAUCCACGAGGCCUUUCAAGGACAUGUACCGUACCAGUUCACCACACUCAAGGACCUGCGAGACCCGCUGGAGGAAUUAACAGACAUGCAGAAAAAAGAGGAGAAGAAGGAGAAGGCUCUACAGAGCAACACAGACAGUCUGGUGUCCUUGGAUGACGACAAGCCAUCAGGAAGUGCCUCUGGAGCAGACCACAGCCACAGCAGUGAUGGUCAGAGCCAAACCAGUGACAAUGUGCCCCAAAACACUACCACACCUACUCCAGCCCUCCAAGACCUCAGGGGACUGUCAGCGGGCUCUGAUGAUGACCUGAUGCUCAUGGCCUGUGAUCUGCCACAGCUCCCAGCCCCAGCAAACUUCCCUCUCCACCCUCAGCUCCUGCCUCCUCCGCAGGGUGGAGGCCCGAAUGCACCCUGGGGCUUUGGAGGCCACCAGUUACAGCUGCCUGCCACUGGUGGUCUGUCCCACAUUGCUGGGACACCGCUGAGACCAGAAGUGGAAGAUGGCGAACAGGGUGACAUGGCUUUCCUCAAAGACCUCCUCAGCCCAGGCCCAGGGGCCAGCGACGAGUUCAGCAAAGAAUGGCAGGACGCUUUCGGGCUGUUUGACCCUCCCAGCGUUCCUCCACAUGGCACAGGAGCAGCAAGUAGUGCACCAGCAGCAAGUAAUGCACCAGCAGCACUUCGACCCUCAACCCCCCCCAGCCCCACAGGCUUCCUGCCCUCCCAGCUGCUGGAUCACAGUCUGAGCUCUACAGGCUGGUCAACUCCACCUAUGUUCCAAGCUCCACCCCUGCAGCCUCCUCCCGGUCAGAGCCAAUCAGCACAGCCAGCUCCAAGUACAGCAGCUAAUGCUGCUCCAGGUGGAUCCAAAGACAUGUCUGCCUGGUUCAACCUGUUCGCAGACCUGGACCCCCUCUCCAACCCUGACGCCAUUGGACGUUCCGCGGAUGAGCUGCUCAAUGCCUAAAGCUCUGUUGGUGUGUGUGUU